AAACCGCAAAAACAAUAAACAAAGGAACGGACACGAACAGUCGGUUCAGAGCGUUUGAGUGUCUCGCUUCGCGGAACGGCAACGGAGAUCAAAGAAUAUUCUGUUUAUUAACUACUCAUACGUUUAAGAGGCGUAUCGCGCUAGAACUGCUGGCAACGCAAAGAUAUUUUUGAAAAUUUGAAAGUCAUUAUUAUAAAAAAAAGUAAAGUGAAACGAAAACAAAUAAACAAUAAAAUUUUCUGUAGCAACGAAUCGUUCGAAUCAGCGCGAUUCACAAUGCUAGACACGAUCGUUUACAUACCCACAAUAUUGGCGUACGUUUUCAUCCUGCUGCUCGUGAUCAUCCUUUGCUUCAUUGUGGUCUACGUCAGCCACAGGAUCUACGUGUGCAUCUACGACAAUCUACCGGUGGCGCAUGCGGCCAUUUCUACCAUAAUGAGCAUGGAAUAUAAGGACAAUCUGCCCAGCAAAAGUAACAGCGGCAUCGUGUUGCGAUCGAACGAAGCACUGCACGAGCGAAAGGCGAAAACAGCGCUGCGAAUAAUUGUCACUCUGGCGCCGUGCUACUUGGCCUAUGUGCCACUGGACACUGAGAAACACAGCAAGUCUACGGAUGAUUUCGAAUUGGGCGCGGACAAUCACGAACACAAAAUAAUUAAAUAUUAUGAUCGCCUCUCGCAGAUACCAAUAAUGGAUAACAUGACGACUUGUGUCAGCGAACGCCAGUUGUACCCCAGUUCGCGUCGGGUAUCCAGUCGCCGAGCAUCGUUGCGACUUGCGGCAAACACCACAGGCAAUACGCCCAUAAAUACCGUCGCCACUUCCACCACACGACUAAUGCAAUUCGCCGAGGCAGCUAAUAACUACCGAGAGGUCACCACGUCCAGUCUAUCCGCUCCUACAAUGCGUCCUUCGGUCACCUUCGCGAACGCCAUGAAUGCGCUCGGAAACAUCAAAAUCAAUCCGCCAGAAGAUCCAAUUUAAUGCAGGCACUCUAUAAACCCCCGUUUGACUGGUUCACUAUAAGAAGUGCACUGAUUUCAAUUUACAUACCAACACUCACACACGCACGCCACACUAAUCACAUAUGCAUACUGCUUACAUACAGUAAGUAUGUGUUUACGAGGUUAAUUACGGUAUUAUGCAGUUGAAAACUCGUUUCUAUUAUUACUAGAGUGCGGCAUUUAAAAGCAAUAUCACCACUUAGAGCUGCAUGAGAUUGAACGACAUAUUUCACACCGACACACGUACAUAUGUACAUAUGUAUAUAUGGAUGGAUAUCAUUGUAUAUACUUAAAUUCAUAUGCGCUCAUGCAUAUUUAUAAGCGCGACUAAUGCAUGAAACAUUUUAUUGUAAUUUACAGUUCAUUUCAUUUACUUCGGUCAAACACGAAAUAUUGCCCUUCAAAGCCCCGCAGACACAAGUGGUUCACAAAUAAUUAUUAUAAUUUAUAACUACUUCGUUAAUUGCAACUGCAAAUCUUUUUGAAUAACCGCAUCAGUAUGUUGAAGUAGCUUAAGUCGACAUUAACUACUUUUGGCAAAUUGUGUUAUUCUGGCCAACUGAGACUCGUGGCGCGAUCAAUUAUUUAGAAACAGCAGGUGAGGAAGUCGUUCACUAGUUCAAUAAAAAUUUUAACACCUGCUUAGCUUGAGUUGACUUAAACUACUGCAACAUUUUGACAAAGAGAUAUGAGUAGUGUCUUUUUAAAGGGGGUUGUCUACAUCUUAGCUAUUUUCUCACAAAAUAAGAAAACGUUAUAAGGGAAAUAUUGACAGUCCUAAUGAAAAACAGCAUUUGUGUUUGGGAACUAUGUCAUUACUUUGUACUAACUACACAAUUUGACAAAAAUAGGACCUUUUCAUUUAGAGCUACAUAAUUCUAAAGUUGUAAUUAUCCCCUUUUGCAAUAUAUAUCCCAUUUCAGUAUUCUUUCUUCAGUGCUGCAGUUUUGAUUGCCAUCUCAGUUCAUAUAAAUUGUACCAUUUCUCCCAACUGUUUCUUGAGUAAACUUGAAAUAGCUUUCUUCUUGCAUUCUUUCAUUGGUCGUUCUACCACAUCCAAAUUAUCUAAAGUCAAAUUUUAGAACCCGUCAUCUCCUAGUCCUUACUCCUUUUAUGCUAUGAAUAAAGCUAUUUUUUUUUUGGUUAAAACAAUCCGUUUUCAAAUAGACGCUCCUAUUUAAAGAUUUUAUACUUGGAAACUAUCUCGUUCAGAUCAUAAUCCAAGUGACAAAAUUUUGUAUAUUAUCACUGAGAACAAGUUAAAAAUUAAUUAAAAAAAUAAAAAUGUAAAUAUCCUCUCUUGAAAAGACACUCCUCAUAUUUAUAUAACAAAUAUUGCAUGUAAGUCAACUUUGAAAUACAAUUUAUGUGUAUAUGUACAUGUGCAUUAAAUUAAGUCCCAAUAAUCUAUAUAUGUAUGUGUAAAUAUCUAUGUAUUAUUAUAGAUAUAUAUACAGGGCUAUUCUUUCAGUAUAAAUUUAUAUAAAAGCAAAAUCCCAUAUAUAAAUAGUAUAUACUCCUAUAUACAAACUUAUUUAUAUAUAAAUCGCUGAUUCAAUAUAAAACUGUCACAUAGGAAAAGAAAUCUUAGAAAAUAAGUAAAUUUCGAGUUUAAAAUAUUUAUGUGUAAAUAAACCGUUAUUUUGACAACAUAUAUCUAUACAUUUGUAAACAGUACUAUAUGACCUAUGCAUCAUUAAAGAUAGUAUAAGGAGGGCUCUUUGGCAAAUCGAGAAUUUACACAUACAAAUUGUGAUAGUACUUAUGUAAGUAGGUGCAUACAUGCAUUCAUAUGUAGUAUUUAAAUGUUAUGAUAUUUUAAUAUCCAUCAAAAUUAUAUAUAUUUAUACCCUAAAUCGUUAUAUAAUAUAAUUGCAAUUAUAAUUUAUAGAUUUUCCGAAGCAGCUAGUCGUUAUGUAUGGUAUUCAGGAACACAUUUAGUAAACUAAGCUCAAUAAAUCGUAAAUAUUAGCUAUUCAUACAAACAA